CCUUUUUUAUACUUACUAUUUACUCAAGUUAUUAGAAGGAUCGAAAUGUGAUCAUUGAUGGGUUUUGGCUAGAAUUCACAUUUGUAUAUUUGUCUUUUGCGAACCCAAGUAUGUGAAAUCAGGGCAUACCCAUUUUCUUUCUUUUUGGGUUAUCUGGAUGCUUUAGAUCUGAUCUAAAAUGGUAGCUUGAACCGAUUAGGAUACUGACUUGAUACACUUUUUGGGUUAUGACCAGUUAAUCAGGUUAUUUUCAUCUUAUUGCAUUUCCCUUGAAAAUGAGGAAUGCAUAUGUCAUCUGUGAAUGAGUUUACUGUUUAAUCUCAUAGUUAUCCGAAGCUUGAUAUUAUAUGUUAAACGUAGCUUAAAACAUGAUCAUUGUAUGGCAUGUGGCAUACCAUAUUCUAGAUGAAUAAAAUUAGCAAAACUUCUUCAAAAAGUAUGGUUAUCAUUAAUCAGUGUGGGUGGGUUACAAUUUAAAGUUGACAUCUGCAUUGUUUAAGUAUUUGAUGUACAGAAGAUGGUGUUACCUGCAUACAUCACAUUGAAGGUGAAGGGUGAGAAAGGACAUAAACCAUUGAAAACAAAAGGUUUUGCUGUUUCACGAAGAGAUAUGAUGCAAUGUUUAACAGCUGAAGUUGUUGGUCUCACCGUUCUUCCAAAACCUGCUGAAGCUCGUCUUAGUAGACUUGAAAUGAGGAAAAAGAUCAUGGAGAAGCUUGAGGAGCUUAGGGAGAAGGCUGGGCUAUCUAAGCCAAAAACUGAGAAUGGGAUGAAGUCUCCAACUUUGCCACUGCCACCUCCAGAAGGCACAGUUAGAUCAUUGGUGGAAGCUACCCUUAAGAAUAUUCCUCCUCCAAAUAAUGCUUUGUGAUAUUCUCAGUAACAGGUUUGUUCAUGUUGUCCAUUUAUGUUAUUCUAAAAGUAAAAUGUAACUUAUUACAGUGAAAUUAUUGGUCAUUACAUGAAGAGAACGCCUGAUGAAUUAAUGACUAGAAUUGUCUUGAUAUUAAGGGAAAAAAAAAGGACAAGAAUUUCCUGGAAAAUGAAUGUAGAUCGAGCUUUGUCUAGAAUUCGCUGGUGGAAUGGUGGAAGGUCAGUGUCGCAACAUCUAACUCCGGUAGUAAAAUUCAUCAGUUUGAAGUUUGAACCAUCAAACAAAACCCAUACCAAUUGUAAAUACCUAAAUUCAUUUCUUCAUAAUUAUAGAAAACAUUCAUUCAAAUCAUGAAAGAGGAAUAGUCUCCUGGAACUCAACUCUCUUACAUGUGUAAAUUACAAAAAAAAAAAAAAAAAGAACAAAGGCAAGUAAUUAGUUGACUUUUUUGUCCAUGUUAUU